AUGGAUUACAUGGCUGGACGCUCGCCAGCACAUGGCGCUGCGACAGUCACAGCUUCAACGUGCUCAAAACAAGGAUCGCUGAAAUUGAUUAGACAUCCCCGUGCAACUAUGAAGCGGGAUGAUGACGAUGAGCUUGAGGUGUCAUUUCCGCCAGAAUGUCCCUCCAAUGAUAAUUCGGCCUCACCAGCUCGGUGGACUUCAGAAUGCGAAGUUGAGGAACCAGAAAUUCUUAGGGGAUAUCAACACUUAGAGGUCGAUUCUCCGAGGAACCGUCCCACCUUGUCACUCUCCACUCUCGUCGCUCCUACCAGUAGCUGCCAACGUCCUCAUGGCGCUAUGGGGUACAGACUUGUUCUUUUCAAGGACACGUAUCGCUAUCUGAGUAACUUUAAGGAGCAAGGGAUCGAGUAUGCGAAGCAGGCUGUACAGGAGGAUACAGCUGGCAACUAUGCGAAGGCCUUGCCUCUUUACAUGAACGCGCUCGAGUAUUUUAAGACCCACUUGAAGUACGAGAAGAACCCGAAGAUUAAGGACGCGAUUCAGGCCAAGUUCGUGGAAUACCUAGAUCGAGCCGAGCAGAUUAAGGAGGUACUGGAAGGAGCACCGCAGAACGGAGCGCCGGGGGACGCGGCGUCUGCUAUUAAGCCGAAGGCGAAGAAAGGCGGAGCUGGUGGUGGUGGGGAUGACGACGCGGACAACAUGAAGCUUCGAUCGGGGUUGAAUUCGGCCAUUGUGCGAGAGAAGCCGAACAUCAAGUGGUCCGACGUGGCAGGGUUGGAAGGCGCGAAGCAGGCGCUCCAGGAAGCGGUCAUCCUGCCUGUCAAAUUCCCGCAGUUUUUCACAGGCAAGAGGCGGCCAUGGAGAGCGUUCCUCCUGUACGGCCCGCCAGGCACGGGCAAGUCGUAUCUCGCCAAGGCUGUCGCCACGGAGGCCGAUUCCACCUUCUUUAGCAUCUCGUCGUCCGACCUGGUAUCCAAGUGGAUGGGCGAGAGUGAGAAGCUGGUGGCGAAUCUCUUUCAGAUGGCGCGCGAGAGUGCGCCCUCCAUCAUCUUCAUAGACGAGAUCGACUCGCUGUGCGGCCAGAGAGGCGAGGGCAACGAGAGCGAGGCGUCACGGCGCAUCAAGACAGAGUUCCUCGUCCAGAUGCAGGGCGUGGGCACGGAGGACAACAAGGUGCUGGUGCUCGCUGCCACCAACACGCCCUACUCGCUCGACCAGGCGGUGCGUCGGCGCUUUGACAAGCGAAUCUACAUCCCACUACCGGAUGUGAAGGCCAGGCAGCACAUGUUUAAGGUGCAUCUUGGGGACACGCCCUACAGCCUGUCAGAGAAGGACUUUGAGGAGCUGGCUCAGAAGACAGAUGGAUUCUCGGGGUCGGAUAUUUCAGUCUGUGUGAAGGAUGUCUUGUUUGAGCCCGUUCGAAAGACACAAGAUGCCAUGCACUUUAAGAAGGUGUCCAAGGACGGGGACGUGUGCUACAUGCCAUGUGGGCCGCAGGAGCCAGGCGCCAUCCAGACUACCAUGGAGGAGCUUGCAGCACAGGGGCUGGGGGAGAAGAUUGUUCCUCCACCCAUCAUGAAGUCGGACUUUGACAAGGUGUUGUCGCGACAGAAGCCAACAGUGAGCAAAGACGAUUUAAAGAUUCAAGAGAAGUUUACGGAAGAGUUUGGGGAAGAAGGUACCGUUUCUUGCCCGGCGCCAGUGGUGCUGCCACGUGGCGUAGCGCAGCCAGUUGUGGCGACGGCUGGUCAGACCCCAAAGGCGGUUUCGGGCGAUGCGCUGGUGGCUGAGAGCAGCGAGUCGGUCCCGCCUGCCUCCGCCCAUGCGCAUAUGGUCACCCACUUCUACCGCCACCCACUCCUCUCUGACGCCGCCACGGAAUCGCUGCUUCACAAGGUAACCCUCCAGUAUUUUAGAGACGCCUCAAAUUUCUCCGCGCCUGCUCGUACGUUCACCCACUUCUACCGCCACCCGCUCCUCUCUCUCCGAGGCUGCCACAGAAUCGCUGCUUCACAAGGUAUGAGCCAGCCACUCCUCUCUGUCGCUGCAACAAAUCACUGCCGAGCUCUCUUCAACCCCCUUCUUCCCACUACCCCUUCCCUGUUGCAUGCUUCCCACGGUCCUCCUUCCCUCGCUCCUCCUGCCCCUCUCUCCUCCUCCAUCCCCUGCUUCUUCUCCCGCCCACUCUCCCCUCUUCCUUCUCAGGUCCAGGAGAAGGUGUGCGCUGACGUCAUCAGCAUCCGCACGGAGCAGUGCUUCAACGUGGAGCUGACGUCACCUCUGGACGCAGCACACGAGGCGGCUCUGGUGUGGGUGUUAUCUGAGACGUACGAGCCUGAGAAGCUCACCCGGGAGUCGGUUUUCAGUGCUGGCGCUGCAGCGGAGGGGGAAGGGGAGAGGGAGGAGGAAGGGGAGGUGGUGGUGGUGGAGGUGGGGCCUCGUUUGUCGUUUACCACUGCCUGGUCGACAAACGCUGUCUCCAUCUGCCGCUCUUGCACCCUGGAGCAGGUAGGGCUGCAAAUUAAAGUGUGGGGUCUGAAGCAGGUAAGAGGGCGGAAGAGCGAGUGGUGGGGUCUAAAUUGUCCCCCGUCCCGCCCACUUCCCCACUCCCCUCAACCCCCCAUCCCCCCCACCCCAUUUCUCUCCGUUCCCUCCCCCCAGGUGACGCGCAUCGAGAGGUCGCGCCGCUACGCCCUGCAGCUGGCGCCAGGCGUUGAGGCGGCUGCUGUGUUUGGGGAGGAGCAGAGGGCAGCGUUUGCCGCGCUGGUGCACGAUCGCAUGACUGAGUGUGUGUAUGAGUCACGGCUUGAGACGUUUGUCACAGACGCUGCUCCCGCGCCUGUUGUGCGCAUCCCCGUCAUGAAGGAGGGGCGCAAGGCGCUGGAGCAGGUCAACAAGGAGAUGGGUCUGGCGUUUGAUGAGUGGGACCUGGACUACUACACGCGUCUGUUCCGCGAGGACAUCGGACGGGACCCCACGAACGUGGAGCUGUUUGACAUCGCACAGUCCAACUCCGAGCACAGCCGCCACUGGUUCUUCAAGGGCGAUUUGACAGUGGACGGGCAGAAGGUGCAGCACACUUUGAUGGAUCUGGUGAAGGACACGCUCAAGGCCAACCCCAACAACUCCGUCAUUGGCUUCAAAGACAACUCCAGUGCAAUUCGAGGCCGGGUCGUGUCCGCCAUCCUGCCCGAGAAUCCCGGGCAGCCAUCAAAGCUGGAGCCUCAGGAGCGGGACUAUGACAUUCUCUUUACCGCCGAGACGCACAACUUUCCCUGCGCCGUGGCGCCAUUUCCCGGGGCAGAGACGGGCGCAGGCGGGCGGAUUCGCGACACACACGCGACAGGUGUCGGCUCGCUAGUGGUUGCUGCUACUGCUGGUUACUGCGUGGGCAACUUGCAGGUAAGUGCAGACUGGGUAGAAAAAGGAAGGGGAGGGGGAGCGCUUGUGAACGGGGAGGGCGAAGAAGGGAAAGAAAUGGAGGGGCAUGCAGCACCCUGGGAAGACACCUCGUUUGAGUAUCCUCCGAACCUCGCUCCACCGCUCCAGAUUCUUCUUGAUGCCAGCGACGGUGCAUCAGACUAUGGCAACAAGUUUGGAGAGCCUCUCAUCCAGGGCUACACACGCACGUUCGGGAUGCGGCUGGCGAGUGGGGAGAGAAGGGAGUGGCUGAAGCCCAUCAUGUUCAGCGGGGGCAUCGGACAGAUUGACCACCGGCAUUUAGUGAAGGAGGAACCAGACGUGGGCAUGCUGGUGGUCAAGAUUGGAGGCCCGGCGUAUCGCAUUGGCAUGGGCGGGGGUGCGGCCAGCAGCAUGGUCUCGGGCACGCGCGACGCAGAGAUGGAUUUCAAUGCGGUGCAGAGGGGUGACGCGGAGAUGGCUCAGAAGCUGAACCGCGUGGUGCGCACGUGUGUGGAGCUGGGGGAUCAGAACCCCAUCCUCAGCAUCCAUGACCAGGGCGCCGGAGGCAACUGCAACGUGGUGAAGGAGAUCAUCUACCCGCAGGGCGCGGAGAUUGACGUGCGAUCGAUCGUGGUGGGCGAUGAAACCAUGUCCGUUCUUGAGAUCUGGGGCGCCGAGUACCAGGAGCAGGACGCCCUACUGGCUCGCCCAGAGAGCGAGGCACUUCUGAGGUCGAUUUGCGACCGAGAGAGGCUCUCCAUGGCUGUUAUUGGGACCAUCAGUGGUUCCGGCAAGGUGGUUCUGUUUGAUUCGAAAGAGCAGCAGGAGGCAGCAGCGGCGGGCCACGCCCCUCCCCUCCCAGCAGUGGACCUCGAUUUGGACAAGGUGCUGGGGGACAUGCCCAGCAAGCGAUUUGAUUUCGUGCGCAGCUCAGACGAGAGGGAGCCUCUGGAGCUGCCCCCUGCUCUCACCGUGGCAGAGGCCCUCAAGCGCGUGCUCAGGCUGCCUUCUGUUGCGUCCAAGCGGUUCCUCACCACCAAGGUGGACCGCUGCGUUACCGGGCUUGUGGCACAGCAGCAGACCGUGGGCCCGCUGCAGAUCACCCUUGCUGACGUGGCAGUCAUCGCUCAGACCCAUACAGGCAUCACGGGAGCAGCAUGCGCUAUCGGGGAGCAGCCAAUCAAGGGCCUCAUCAACCCAGCAGCCAUGGCGCGCAUGGCCAUUGGCGAGGCCCUCACCAACCUUGUGUGGGCCAAGGUCACAGCAUUAGAGGACGUGAAGGCAAGCGGCAACUGGAUGUAUGCAGCCAAGAUGGGCGGAGAGGGGGCAGCCAUGUACGAUGCUGCAGUGGCGCUCAAGGAGGCAAUGCUGGAAUUGGGGAUUGCGGUGGACGGUGGGAAGGAUAGCUUGUCCAUGGCUGCUACGGCGGGGGGGGAGACAGUGAUGGCGCCUGGCAACCUGGUGCUGAGUGCGUACGUCACCUGCCCGGAUAUCACCCUCACUGUCACACCCGACCUCAAGCUCCCAGGCGAGGGUGUGUUGAUCCACGUGGACCUCAGUGCGGGCAACAGGCGGGUGGGCGGGUCGGCGCUCGCCCACGCGUACGACCAGAUCGGCGAUGAGUCACCAGAUGCUGACGUGGCGCUGCUGAAGCGGGGCUUCAAUGCCGUGCAGGAUCUGAUCGGCCGGCGUCUCAUAGCAUCAGGCCACGACAUCAGCGAUGGUGGCAUCAUCACAGCCAUUCUCGAGAUGGCCUUUGCUGGCAACACGGGGGUCACUGUCGACCUGCCCUCGCCUGCUGCUGCUGCUGGGAAGAAGACAGACGGGGAAGAUGAGGAGGAGGAGGAGGGGGUGGAUGUGUUUGGAGCACUCUUUUCAGAGGAGCUGGGGCUUGUCAUCGAGGUGGCGCCGGCCAAUCAGGACGAAGUACUGCGCACGUUCUCCGCCGCCCAGGGCGAGUCGAUGCCACCCUGGCGGGACGUGUGGGAGGAGUCGUCCUUUCUGCUGGAGCAGAUGCAGCGCACCGAGACGUGCGCCCAGGCUGAGAGGGACGGGCUCAAGCACCGCAAGGAGCCGUCCUGGAAGCUUCCCUUUACCCCGAGCCGGACUGCGCAGGAGCUCCUGACUGCCACCGCGAAGCCCAGAGUGGCCGUGUUGAGGGAGGAGGGCAGCAACGGCGACAGGGAGAUGGCGGCAGCGGUGUGGGCAGCAGGCAUGGAGCCAUGGGAUGUGACUGUAUCGGAUCUGCUACAAGGGAGGGCGCGGCUGGACGACUUCAGGGGAAUCAUCUUUGUGGGCGGCUUCAGCUAUGCUGACGUGCUGGACUCGGCCAAGGGCCUGGGCGUGUGCAACGGCUGCCAGCUCAUGGCGCUGCUGGGAUGGGUCCCUGGUCCGGAUGUGGGCGGGGUGAUGGGCGAGGGAGGAGACGCAGCACAGCCGCGCUUUGUGCACAACGAGUCGGGGCGAUUUGAAUGCCGCUUCUCCACCGUUCAGAUUGAGGAAUCUCCUGCUGUCAUGCUCAGGGGCAUGGAGGGCACGAGGGUGGGAAUCUGGGUGGCACACGGGGAGGGCCGGGCGCUCUUCCCUUCCUCCACCCUCUUCCACUCCGUCCUCUCAUCCAACCUUGCCCCCAUCCGCUACUGCGAUGACGACGGUGCUCCCACCGAGGCCUACCCGUUCAACCCCAACGGAUCCCCUGCGGGGAUAGCUGCGCUGUGCUCGCCUGACGGGAGGCAUCUGGCGAUGAUGCCGCACCCUGAGAGGUGUUAUCUGAUGUGGCAGCUGCCGUGGGCGCCGAAAGAGUGGCGGGAGGGUAUGGAUGCGAGCGGACCGAGCCCUUGGCUGAAGCUGUUUCAGAAUGCACGGGAGUGGUGUGCGGAGCACCCGCAGUAG